AUCACAAUAAACUAGAUAGUCUCGUUCAUGUUGUUUAGUUACAUUCAUUUGAUUUAAUUGAAAGCAUCAUCGUUGUUGGUGUUGUUGUUUUUCUGAUUGAUUUGCUAUGAGUAUUGGCAUCAGAGAGCGUGUAGAUGUGUUAUGAAUCUUUAAAUAUCGUGGUUAAUAUGGAUGUGUAUAAACAUUUGAUAUCUUGCAAACAGCUCGUAAAUUUUUUCACAACUUUAACGAACCAUUCGUUUUAUUCAUUUAUUUCUCUUUGUAUAUAUAAAUUGAAAUCCAUGCUUGAAAAUAAAAGAAUAAAAGUCGAAAUGUUUGAAGGACUGAUGUUCGAUCAUUAGAAAGAUCGAAGGUGCCCAAUUAUGAGUUUUCUCAGACUUGUAUGGACCAACUGUCAAGUUAGUUUAUCUGUUUGAACUCAACCGCUAUUAGAUAAAUUAAAGAGAAGCAAGUUUUCAGAUCUGCGAAAGUGGUCUAUGGGCCAGGGAAAUAAUGAUUGGUUGCUUGUCCAGUCAGACUAGUAAAUAGUCUGACAGGUAUUAGAUGAAUGAUAUAAUUUCCUACACUUAUUGUUAUUGUGAUUGUUGUCGGUUGUUAGGGUGAAGAUAUACUUACAUUCUGGUUACGCCAAUCGCGUGUUCUUGACCAGAGUUGUGUCGAAGUCCCAUAGAAUAGACACUGGGAUGGAUAUUUUCAUUCAGUUUUUAUUAUUAUAACCAUUAUGUUUGUCGUUUUUCUUCAUGUCUAGUAAUUUAACUCACAAAUUAUUUUCAUCCUUAUAUUCCUUCCUUACCGCUUGAUUAUUGCGUAACCUCAUUUGGCUCGAAUCAAUUUAUGUUGUUGUCUUUUCUAUACUUCUAUAGACUCAUAUAUUUACCAUCCAACCAUAGAUACGAAUGUACAGCUUAAGUAAAUGAUUUAGUCGAAAAGAAAAUUUUCUUCGCUGAAUUCUCUUUAUUUUUAUAUUGAACAGCAUUUUUAAAAAUAAUGACAAGUGAAGUAGGAAUUUAAGUUCAGGAAAUACAGUUUAAAGCAAAUCAAUAAGGUUAAUGAAUGAAAAAUAAAGAAUGAUGAAUGUACUCGUACCAAGAUUAUGCUAGUUAUCGACCCAACAGAACUCAUAAGACUUCGAAAAUAAGGGAAUACUGUAUUUUGUCAGAAUAUUAGUGGAAAAUAAUUAUAUUAUCUGAGUACUCUGACAAGACAAGUGCUUUAAGUGUGCAACGUUGGAAUAUGUGGAACAAUUCAAGUUACCCAAUAGACUUUAGUUUUAAGAAGGCUCAAAUUAUGCAAGUACAUUGAAAUCCAUACAUUCUUCAUGAAAUUUUAUAUUCCAUUCAUUAGUGAUUUUAAAUUAUUAGGAAUUACCGAAGACAUAUAAGCACUCCAUAUUCAUAGUCAAUAUCUAAUCUAGACAUUUUAUUCAACUUGUUUCUAGCUCUUCAAAUUAAGUUAAUUGAUCACAUAACGGCAGUCAGUCUCAUAUUGUAGUUGAAGUUAAUUAACUUCUAUCAAUUGAGUCACUCGAGAUGACCCCACAUUCAUUCGAUGUCAGUUUGUUUGAAAGUAUCAAGAGGAACAGCAAAAUUCACAAAUCAAACAUUCAUUUACGUCCUUUUUUAUCAAUGUACCGAUCACCUACACAUAGCCUAGCUAAAUGGCUAACAAAAUUUCUUGAUCCUAUCCGAAGAUGUUUAUCUAAGUAUUCUCUGAGGGAUCCUUUUGAAUCGGUCGGUCAUUUACAUGAUAUUAUUAUCAAAGGAAUGACAAUGUGUUCAUUUGAUGUGAAUUCCUUGUGUCACAAAUGUAUCUUUGAUAAUGACUAUCGAUAUAUCAUGUGACUACAUAUCUUUGAACAACCCUAAAUUACCUAGCCCUUCGAAAAUCCUUAAAGCUUUACCACCAUUAUGUACUGGUAAAGUCCAGUUCACUUUUGAAGGUGAAUACUUUUGCCAGAUCAAUAGGGUUGUUAUGGUUAGUUUGCUUGAACCAUUAUUAGCACAUGUGUUGAUGAUACAUGUUGAAAAUCUAACUGAAGACCUCGUUGAAAACACGUUUCUUUAUCAGAGAUUUGUGGAUGACAUCUUAGUUAUCUGUGAAAGAGAGGACGAUAUGAGUUGUUUAUUGAAUAAACUUAACACCCUCGAAAAUCACAUCAAUGUAUCAUGUGAAGAGGAGAAGAACGACCAGCUCCCUUUCUUGGAUAUACUUAUAAGUAGACGAGAAGACGGUUCAAUUUAAACGAUCCAUGUUUAGGAAACCAAUUUGAGUAGGUCCAUACCUCGGUUAUUAUAGUUACUGCUCAGUGUAAUAUAAACGGGUUUUGAUCAAGGACCUAUUUAACAGACUUGAUCUUAUUUGCACAAACCAUGCUAUUGACGAUGAUGUUAGCUUGUUAAACAAAACAUUAAUGGAAAAUGGUCAUCCUGUAAAAUUUAUAAAUAUAUAUGUAAAUGUCGUUGUGUUGUGAGACCCACUAUAGCCUUGACAGACAAAAUGACCUAUCUACAUCACCUUAGCAUUUACAAGUGAGUUAAAUAGGCUUUUUAUUGAAGCAAAGGCUUAAAUCAGUCAUUAGAACGAUAUAUUGUGCAGCAACUGUCAUUAUCCAGGAAACAAAACAAGGUUAAUACUGCAUCGAACACUUAAAAGACGACAAAACGACUGCAUCACAUCCCAUUGUGUUUACCAAUUUAAAUGUGUGUGUGUUUGUGUGUGACCACACGUACAUUGGGAAUAGUAAUCGUGUAUUCGAAAACGAUUUGUUCUCAUCUUAAACCUAUUCUGGUAAUAUUAGCUGAUCAUCCAGUGUGAUCAGGUUUCAAAUGGUUUUUUCAUAUUAUUUUCUUUAUUAACCUUGUCUUCUCUUACCCUUCACUUCUAGUUUAGUUGACCUUUUAUGUUUACAUAUGAAUGUUCUUUGCAGCUAUAUAAUGUGUGAUCCGAUUACUCGAAAUGUAUUGUGCUAAUAUAUCAUCACAUAAUCCUGAUAAACUUCAUCUUCAUAUUCCAUUAUCGAAAUUUAUCAAAUGGAACUAAUUGCAUUAAUUUCAUGUUAAUCUCCCUUUCUCAGAAACUAUAUUUACAUUCCAAAGGAAUAAUUUAUUGUCAACCUCUUAGUCAUGUAAGAUAAUUCUGUUAACUUGAAAACCUUAAUGAUAGUAUUUCUGAAUAUGGUACUUGAUAAUAAGAAUUCAAAUCAAACAUGGGCUUUAAUUUAUCAUGACUUAUCCUUAAUUCAAAUUGAUUUUUAUCAUUUCACAAUAUUCAAUUGUUAUUCAUUUUUAGAUACUGAUUCAUCUUUGUAUUUCAGAGGGGGUUCUUGUGGAUAUUAUAGUAACGAAACGGCCGUCCAGUUCUUCCAGGUUUCCCGUGGUGGUCUGACUUCAAUUGGCUUAUGAUCUCACCUGUUAGAAAAAAUUGCCAUGAUAUCCAUAAAAGCCCUUCUGAUAUUAACCAAGAUAUGCUCACUAAUGACUGGCUUCAAGAGGUAUCUCCUGGAGUUCUAGUGAGAAGCAGUGACCAGUAGAGUUCAACCGGGUCUGUUGUGAGAUAGUAGCUCACUGAUGACAAUGGUGGAUGUGUCUCUCAAUUUCAUGGAUCAAUUGAAGUUAGACAUUAACACCGUCGGAUGCCAGCCGGCUCAGUGGUCUAGUUUGUUAAGCGUUCGCGCACGAGGCUGACAGGUCGUAGGUUCGAAUCUAGUGAGGUUGGUUCGUGAAUGUGAACUACCGAGCCGUCCAGUGCUUUCAGGUUUACCAUUAUAGUCGAGUUUCAAUUGACUCAUGAUCUCACCUAUUGAUGUGCUUCAAUUAAAGAAUUUUAAAAUAUUGAAUAUUAAAUUUAUUUUAUUCAAUUUAUUACUGUUGAUUAUGUCAUUAUUAAACAUCUAACCAAAUAUUUUCACUAUAAUAAUGAAUUAUUUCAGUGGAAAAAUGCAUUUGUCAAAUCUCAGCGGAUAAAUUCAAUGUAGAUCUAGCGUUUCACUUGGUAAUCUGAUCCAAGCUUUUUCAAGGAAACAAAUAUCGACAUUUCAGCACCUAAAUACUGUAAAACAAUUCGAUCAAAUUUAAACGAAAAUUUCUUAUUAAUUAAACAUUUCUUGUUCAUACGACAAUCUAAUUUUAAUUAAUGAUCGAAUGAAUUGAACAAAAUUAGAGAAUAAAAUGCCUAAACCAAAUUCAUCCAUAAUCUAUAUUUGCUUAAUGUUAUCUAAGUAGAAUUAAUGAUGGAAACAUUGUUUGUUGUUGUUGUUGUUGUUGUUGUUGUUGUUGUUGUUGUUGUUGUUGAUAAUGAUGUUGGUGAUCCUAUUGAUGUAGUUAUAACAGUUGAUUUUGUUGUAGUAGUGUUUAACUUCACAUUUAAUGUAUGGUCGGUUGGUAUUAAGAAUUGAGAGUUUUGUAGAAGAAUCUCUGGAUUUAUCGGUGUAUUCGAUAGUAAUAAUGAUGAUGAUGAUGGGGGCGAUGACAUUACAUAUGAUUGUGAAAUUGCUGAAGAAUAACUAAUGGAGGAUAUAUUAGAUUGACUUUCAACAGUAUUUGUCAUUCCUACAUGUGGUAGUAAUUCAAUUCCUUGAUUUAAAGGAAAUAAUGCUGUUGGUAAAGUAUUGUUUAUUUCAUUUGUUGUCGACGAAUAUGGUACAUUCAAUAAAUAAUUGAAUGGUAGGAUUGAAUCAACGAAUUGAGACGUUAAACAGUUAGCGUGUGAAUUAAUUGGUAUAGUAGUCGUUUGUGGUAUAUUAGCUAAGAAUAAUGACGGAUUAUUUAUAAUCAAUGUGUCCAAUAAUUUAGACCAUGAAGUUGUCUGAAACAAACAAAAGAAAAAGGGAAGAAAGCAAUAUAUUUAAAGAUUACUAAAUGUUUUGACCUGUGUUUUGUUUGUUGCUAAUAGAUCAGGCCAGACCAACUGAUAAAUUUAUGUAGAAAAUGGUGUUCACUUGGAAAUGGAUAAACGCAGUCACCUAGUUUCACAGUUAAAAAAAUAAGACAAAGCACGACUGGAACCGACAUCUACGGACUUAACAGACUAAUAUAUUCUUUUAAAAUUUAGUUAUUCUAAUUAGACACGAUUUAUUUGAGCAUUUAUUCAAUCUUAGCUGAUUUAUAACUAAUAUCAAGGUGCGUUUCAUAAAAAAUUAGUUCUAUUCAGACCAUUAGGACUUAUACCUUUAGGAAUAUAAACCUGAUCUUGAGGUUUGAGAUAGAUUGCUAGGCCUCAUAGUUUAACUAAGGUCAGUUUGUGAUUUAAACCAUCGUAUCUAUUUCUAAGUUGCUAAUCACUAAAUUUUAAAGACUUUAUGUGUCUUCACUCAGUAGCAACCUAAAAUGAAUUAAUCUAUUUAAAUUCAUUUAUCUCAACACAUAAACAUUCGUACAAGGAAGCAUCAAACAGAUACGCGCCACAUAAAUCAUUCGAUUUAUAUGUGGGCUGGGAUACUGCACGAAUGCAAAAACCAAACCAAGUGGUUUUCUUACGUGACCACACACAGAGAUUUUGUCCUCAACAUCUAAUCCAUAAGACAGUUGAGCAACGUCAGCAGAUGUAGUCUCAUGGUAGUCGGUAACCAACACUAGGUUCAUACACCAUUUGUUCCCUCAGAACACUGGAGAUCAUGUGCAUCAUUGGCUUGUGUGCAGGGUUUGCCAACUCGCCUAGGGAGAUUCUCCAUAUCCAUGAACCCGGUGGAAGUGUCGGACAUUCACUUUACGUCCUCUCAAUUUUGUAAACAACAGUAAUGCUGUGAGAAGGCGAUGAGUGGGACUUCCCUGACAGUGGUUGUAUGCACGUGGCCAUAUGAGAGCAUUUCGAGAGGGAGAGUUGACUCUCCCUACUCUCGACUGUACCAGGGAAUUUGGAGGGAUGGCAUAUUCUAUUUGCAAAAUAUAACACCAGCUAGAGCAAAGAGCAUCUUCACAUUAGAUUUAUGAGUUUCAAUGAUUACUAUAAACACAUACAUUACAAGCACUAUUGUGAAGAUUAUUAGUGAGGAGAUGAAGUAGUUCAUUUCACUCAAAAUUGUUUAAGCUAACUACGUAACAUUUUUAUUAUGAAUAGGAAAAGGGAAAAAGGAACAGAAAAUAAGAAGUAUCAAGAAAGGCCAGACAACUAUAUCUGCAGUUUUAUUUAUGAUCUAAAGGUUAUAUCAACUAAAAUUCUUAAUAAAUUUGGUGAUCGUAUUUUCAUGAUAAGAAAACUGAAAUCAAU